AUGGAAAAAAACACUUCCGGUUUAGCAGAAUAUUUAACUAACCGACAAAUUAAAAAUUUAAAAGAUUAUUGUUUGGGAUUAGAAGUCGGUUUAGGAACUCACGGCAAGAAAAAUAGCAGUGGGAAAGCCAUGGAAAAAGCAGUAGAAAAUUUACUAAUUAAGCACGGAAUUGCUUACCAAAAGCAAGUGUCGGUUAAUUUUCCGGUAAAUGGCAAAAAAUUAUUUGAUUUUCAAAUUAAAUUAGGAAAUAAGGAAUAUUAUUUGGAAACCAGUUUUUUUAAUGUGGCGGGUAGUAAAGUCCAAGAGGUAAUUCGCUCUUAUGGUGGGAUAUUAACCAAGGCUCAAAAAAACGAAAUUAAUUUUUUGUGGAUUUUGGAUGGCAAAGGAUUGAAAAGUUGUAAGGAAUUAUUGAAAAAUACUUACUUGGAAAAUAAAGAUUUUAUGUUUAGUUUGAGUGCGGGAGAAAUUGAAUCAAACUUAAUAUUCUAUUCCACUUUUUUUAUUGAUAAUCAAGAAUUCUCAAAAGGAGUGGUUUACCAAUUUACUACUCCCGGUAAUUUUGUCCGAGAUAAUAAUCACCAUUGCAGAAUUAUCCAAGGGAUUGAUAGUGGGGGAUAUGAAUUCGGAACUUUUUCUGAGACAAUCGAGGGUGAAAUAUGGGAAUUAAAAAAUAAUGUUCCAUCUACUACUUUGAAAAGAAAGAUUUAUGAAUUUAUACAAAAGAAAAUUUUAACUGAUUUUACCGAAAUUAAAGAGUUUUGGAAAUCUGUUUUUACCGAGAAAAAAGUUAAUAAUGACUCCCGAUUUAAUCUUGGAAUACUAAAUGAUGAGGAAAUAAAAGGCCGAUUAGUCAACCUAUCUAAUCCUCUGUUUCACGAUCAUAGCAAAAGAAAAGAUAAUGCCACCGAAGUUAAAUAUUGUAGUGAUGGUGGAGUCGGACACGCUGAAUGGUUAAAAGUUUUAAAAAGUAAAAUUAGUGAACUAAUCGCUACCGAAAUCGCUCUCCGACCGGACAAUAGCGAUUUAACCGAGAAAGAAUAUACUGACCGCCAAAAAAAAUAUCAAGCGAAAGUAGAUUCGAUUAAGGAGGUUAUCGCCCAAUUUGAAAUCACUAUGGGCGAAAUUAUUUCCAACAAAGAAUUCAAAAAGGAGUUUGAAGAAUUGACUCAAAAACAACUUAAUUUAUUAGAAAGAGGUGCAACGACCAAACAGGUGAUAAUUUAUAAUCGUUUAAAAGAUUUAAAACUUUAUCUAAGCGGAGAUGAAAAAACCCUUGAAAAAUUUCAAACUAACGAGAUGAAUUGGAGUUCUGAAAAAAUUAGUAAUCUUUAUUUAAUUUGGGCUAGACAGUGGAUUUUUAAAAAUGAUGUUUCCUGGGUUCAAGGUAAAAUUUCCGGAGAAGUAAGGGUGCCAAGAAUUGAUAAUACUGACCCUUAUACUAAUGCUGUUUUUAAAGAAAAAGUUAAGGAUUUAUUGGAUUCAAGUUUUGCUAAAAAGAACCUACAAGACCUAAAAGAUUCAAAUCUCCCCCCCAAAUAUUUACUAGAACUUGACCCCUCAAACGAUUAUUUAAAAUUACGCCGCUAUUUAAGUGAGGUUUAUAAAAAUAUUUACACUACUUUAAAUUGUCAGUCCAUUUUUUCUCAGCAGAGAUAUAUGGUGUUCGAAUUAGAAAGGAUAGAAGACAAAAAUAGGGAUAUUAAAGAAAAGGACAGUGAGGAAAGUUAUUUCGAGGAAGGAUUAUAUGAAAAUGAGCAAGUUUUUAUUUCUAAACCAGCCUGCUUGGAGUUGCUUUACCCCGAUUUUUCUGAGGUAGAUGAAACAGAUGAAGAAGCAUUAGUUAAAUUUCACGCUGAUAAAAAAAAAGUAACUGAUAAAUUAAAAAAAUUUAAAGCCGAAAAAGGACAAAAAAAUUUAAGUCUUGAAUUAGAACGCUUAACGGACAAUUAUCUAACUAGUUUUCCGAAUCAAAUUUCGGAAGAACAAAAGCAGGAAUUAAAAAAAAUCAAUGCUAAUUCGGACUGA